AUGCUUCGUCCAGGUUCCUCAAUGAGUAAGGCCAAAUAAACAAAAGCUGCAGCGCCAGUUUCUGGUGGAAUGGCUGCGAGGGUUGUUCAAGAGAGAAUGCCCACAUUGGAAGAAUAUGUUAAAAAUAGAGAUUGGGUAGGGGCAAUCUCACUCUUGGAAAAUGAAUAAAAUUUUAAUGAUUCAAGAGCUGAACCUAAAUUAUGGCUGGCUUAUGCAUGUUUUCAUAAUGGAGAAUAUAAAAGGGCCAUCUAGGUUUACGAUUAGAUGAUGACCAAGCCUGAUUACAACAAGGAGAUCCACAUCUACAAGGCUUGUUGCUUUUAUGCUCUAUGUCAAUACGAAGAUGCCAAGAGAGAGUGUUCUAAAGGUCCAGAGACACCUCUGUCUGUGAGAUUACAAUUUCACAUCGCUCAUAAGAAAAAUGACGAGAAGAAUCUCAUGACCUAUCAUCACAAGAUAUAAGAAACCGUCCAUGAUUAAUUGUGCUUGGCAGCAAUUCACUAUCUGAGAGGACAUUACGAAGAAGCAACUGAUGCAUACAAAAAAUUAUUGCUUGAAAAUAGAGAGUAUACAGCAAUCAAUGUUUACAUCGCAUUGUGCUAUUAUAAAUUAGAAUAUUUUGAUGUCUCUAUUGAAAUCCUAUCCUCCUACCUAAAAUAGUUUCCACAAAGUGUCACAGCCAUCAAUCUUAAAGCCUGCAAUCAAUUUUAAUUAUACAGUGGUAAAUUGGCAGAGGAAGUAUUCAAGCCUUUGCAACAAUAAUAUGAAGGAAUCAAUGUUUGUGAAGAUAACGAUUUGUUGAAACAUAAUUUAGUGGUGUUUAGAACUGGAGAGAAUGCCUUAAAAGUCUUACCGCCUUUAGUUGAAAUUUUUCCAGAGGCUAAACUCAACCUGAUAGUUUAUUAUUUGAAAAAUGAGGAUAUUGCAGAAGCAUUUAACUUAGUGCAAGAUCUUUAGCCAACCAACCCAAAAGAAUAUAUCUUAAAGGCUGUUGUAUUUGCUAUGAAAGGAUAAUCCAGUCCUGAUUAAAAGGAAGCCUUGAAAACUUCACAAUAACUCUUCUAACUUGUAGGGUCUUCGGCUAGUGAAUGUGAUACUAUACCUGGAAGAUAAUGUAUGGCAUAAUGCUUCUUCCUUCUGAAACAAUAUGAAGAUGUUCUGGUUUACUUGAAAUCAAUUAAACAAUUUUUCUAAAAUGAUGAUGACUUCAAUUGGAAUUAUGGAAUUGCAUGUGCUGGUACUGGAGAUUACAAAGAAGCUGAGGAUGCAUUAACGUAGAUUCAAUCUGAAAAAUACAGAUCUGAUGAUAUCUACAUCAAGUGGAUGACUAGAACAUACAUCAUGAAUGGCAAGGCAAAGGAAGCAUGGGAAUUGUACAUUAAUAUGGAGACUUCAAGUGAAUCCUUUUAGAUUCUAGUGUUAAUUGCCAAUGAUUGUUAUAAGAUGGGGCAUUUCUAUUAUGCUGCCAAGGCUUUUGAUAUUUUGCAGAGAUUGGAUUCAGAUAAUGGAGAACAUGAGUAUGAAGAUGCUUUGAGAGGGUCAGUUGUAGGAGUGUUUCAAAUGGUCAUUACAUCAAAGGAAACUUUGGAUCAUCUGAUUGAAGUGAUGAACAUCAUUACAAAUUCAGGGGACAAUCCUUAAGUAGAGUACAUUCUGAAAAUAAUUAAAAAAUGGGGCAAGGAAAAUAAUUGGAAAAUAUGAAAUAUAAGUUAUAAAUUAAUAGUUAUUACUUUAAAA